CCCCGCGACACCUGUCUCCUGUCAGGCAGCCGCAGCGGGGGCGUGGCUUAGUGACGUCACGUCAUGGCGGCACCCCUGGUGGAGAGGCGUGAGGAGCUGCCGCCUGAAGCUCCUGCUGAGAACAUCACCACUCCCUGAGAAGACCUUGGCGGCCAUGAUGAACAAGAACUACCUGCGCAUGCUACGCGCAGUACGCCUGCUACAAGUCAUGUGAUGUUGUAAAAGCAGCGAGGAUACCACUGGUUACAGGGAACUAUAGAUCCAGGUCUGAUGUUCCUGUAUUUUCGGGGUGUUACCCUUGGACUUCUGCACCUGUCAGGUUUUUAAGUCAAAAGACUCCAUUGGAAACGGGAUUAAACAAUUGCAUAUCCUAUACAGAAACUCCUGACAUCUGUGAUGUAGAUAAUCUGAGCCUACAGAGAGAAGGUCUUGACCUGGAAAUGGGGGGCACAGGAGAGUCUGUAUGAAGAGAAGACGAGGUACCCGUCUGAGGUGAUGGAAGCGGUACAGAAUUGCACUACGCCAUGUGAGGUGUUGGAUAUCUUCUCCAGCACUUCGCCCAGUGAGCGGGACCUCCACAGCGGCAUUAUGAAACUGUGGCAGAUCGUGUCACCGCACAAGAAGAUGAAACUCUCUGAGGAGCAGCUCCUGUCCGAGCACCCCAACCUGCACAACUUGUGCUACGGAAUCAUGGUGGCAGCCCCCACAAUGUCUACGGUGUUCCUGAUCCGCAGUCUUCAUGUCUUAGUGAGCCUAAGAGUAAACCAGAAGGCCAGGGUAAUGCAGACCCUACUGAUCGUAUGCCAGAAACGUCUCGGCACGCUGAAUGAAGGAAACAUUUCUCUGUUGGCCAAUUGCUUGAAAAUGAUGGAGAGUGACAGAAAUGUGGACGUUUUGGUGUCUGGUCUACGGCUUCUGCUGGUAUUUAAACUGAAAGACAUUGACACGGUGUCAUCUCUGCAGAGCUUGAUGCGGAGCCUUGGGAAAGAUGCCCCGUCACAGCUGAAACUCCAAUUUAUGAGAAAAGCUUUACAGAUGGUGGACCAGUUCAGCGUCUCCCAGUGCCGAUACAUGUUCUCCAUCCUAGCUGACAUUGACCUACCAGCUUACGGCCUUCUGAACGCUUGCAGUCUCCGACUCAUUGAUCACGUGGAGGAGCUGGCUUAUGAGGACAUUAAGGCUAUCCUCCACUGCUGCUUUAACCUGUCGUACUUCAACCGAAAGCUGCUGUCUGCACUUGGUGACCAUGUGAUCAACACCAUCGACACGUGGAAAAUAUGGCAGAUCACCAUGAUUCUUAAAAAUCUAUCAAAGCUUAAUUUCCGACAUGUCCCACUGCUGGAUUACUUAGCAGAGGACGUGAUGCAGCGCUCCGACUCCCUGACUAUACAGGAUUUAUUAAAGACAAUCCGAGUCUUUUCUUCCGUAAACCAUUUACCCGAUGGGAAGGCUGACCAGUUCCUGGAGGCUCUGGAGAAAUCACUGAUGUUGCAUCUGGAUGGGAUGAAACACUCGCAUCUUCUGGGAAUUGUGUACAGCUUCUGGCUGCUUGGAUUUCUGCCUCAGUCUGCAAUAAACAGGAUCCUAAUGGAUGAAAGUGUGCUAAGCACGGAGAGCGAAAGAACAAUGUGGAACCACAUUAAAACGAGCUGGAUGUUGGACACGUCUCAGGAACGAGCUUCGCUGCCGAGUUUGAUAAAGGCUCCAGUGAUGGGCGCGACUUCCAUCCAACGCUUCCACACUUAUCUGCAAGACUAUAUAGGAGAACCAAACUUGUACCAGUACAGCAUGCAGAUCCCCGGCAGCUACUACAUUGACUUUGUACUGGCUUGGGACACAGAACAGAAGAAGUUGGUCCCAGUAGACAGCCUACAGACCAGCGACCGUUCCCAAAAUACUGUAAGAAUUGCUGUACUGUGCUUUCCUAGAAGUGCGUUUACUUUGGGGUCUCUUCAUCCAAAUGGAAAUGUGGCUGCAAAGACCCGGCUGAUAAAGUCUCAUGGCUUUGAUGUUGUGCUGAUUCCCGUGCACAGGUUUUUCGGGAUGCCUGAUGAGGAGAAAGUGGCAUUUUUGAGGAUGAACGUGUUUCGAGAAUCUGCUGACAGCACGCAUGAAGUUCCGGCAGAAUAAUACGAGUGGACCCACGUGACACACAAUGGAUUAUGUUAUGGACCUAAUUUGCUGAAUGGAAUAAAAUCAAUUAAAAUUUUAAA